AUGCUGCUGACGGGAUUAUUGAUAUUCGGGGCUGUUGGGUUUGGUGACUGCAUUUUUCCGCAAGUUCAAACGAGUUAUGGGACGUUAGAAGGUUAUUCACAAAAAACGGCGAAUGGAAAGGAUGCGUAUAUAUUUAAGAGCGUCCCCUUCGCCGCCCCACCAAUCGGCCCACUCCGCUGGAAAAAGCCGCAACCGCCAACAAGCUGGGACGGCAUCCGCCUCGCGCAUAAUUAUAGCGCCGCUUGCAUGUCGAAUUCGUCGACAACGUCUUCCCCCCAGAAAUGGGUCGACGAGGAUUGUUUAUAUCAGAACAUUUUCGUCCCGGCUGCGUGUACGAAAACAAAUCCAUGCCCUGUAGUCUUUUACGUCCAUGGUGGAGGUAUCAAUUACGACUCGGCCGUGAUGUUCAACGAUACCUUUUUGAUUAAUAAUUUUGAUGUAAUCCUUGUAAUCAGUGCCUUUCGACUUGGAUAUACUGCUUUAUUAACUUUCGAUGAUGACUCUGUAGUCCCGAGAAAUUUGGCUAUAUAUGACAUCAUCGAGUCCCUUGAAUUUGUGCAAAGAGAGGCCGCAAACUUUGGAGGAGACCCGAAACGAGUGACACUCCUUGGCCAUUCUAUGGGCGGUGCACUCUCCUUUUUCCUCUCCAUGUCAAAGACAAUCAACCCUGACAAAAAGCUUUUCCAAAGGGCAAUCGCCAUGUCCGGACCGUUGAAUUAUGAAGAACCGCGGCACUUGCAGGAUAUUACUAGACAAUUUGUUUAUCGCGCCGGGUGCUGGAAAGACGAACAGCUUCCGGGCGCGGGCAAGGCCGUGGAGGAAGCAAUUGAGUGUCUGCGAAAAAAGGACCAAAUGCAGCUACUGGCUAUCCAAAGAGCCAUGGAGGAUGAGGAACAGACAAAUAGUUUGCAAGGUAUUAUGCUAGUCCCGCCACUUUUUCCAAAUACAGGAAUUGACGAUUUUUUGACAAAUGUUCCGAAAAUUGACGUUGUAAUGGGAUCCACCCUAAAAGAAAUGGACAAAUUUGGCUCUGACAUGAGCCCCGGAGAAAAGCUACACUUCCGCAACCCCGUCGAAGUGAAUAAGAAGUAUUAUGGAGAUCGCCUCAGGGGAGAACUGGAAUUUAAUCACACCACUGACACCCAGAUUUUGUACGUCACCAACUACCACUGCGCAAAUGCUAUCCAAAAAGUUGGCGGAAAGGUGUAUCUAUAUUCAUUCGACUAUCCAAAACACCCAUAUCAUACCGAUGAUCUUUUCUAUAUCAUGGGAAUCCAUCGCUUUGAAAUGGAUGAAAAUGAGGAAGUGAUUUCGGAAAUUUACCCUCUAUAUUUCUUGGAUUUUGCAAGGACUGGGGUACCAGAUAAAGACUGGAUUCCCUACGAUCCACGAUGGCAGAACUAUCUCUCGAUUAACGUUAGUCUGGCUGAUGGUGUAUACCCAAGAAAUAUGCCUGGAUAUCAGCACAACGUUAUCGAUUAUUGGACGAAAUAUAUGAAAGCUUACGACGGGCUUGUUAGCUUUAAGAAGCACUAUGAGAAACCGGAGGGGAAUAGCCUGGUGGUGCCUUCACAAGAAGUCACGUCCGAGUCAGCGAGCUCACUUGGUGUCACGCUUUCGACGUUAUUUUUGAUUGGGCUCGCCUUGGGAAUUGUUGGGCUGAUGGUGAAGAAUCGGGACUUGCGGAUGCAACCGGAGGAUAUGGGCAUUUUGAGUUAUAAA